CUUGAAUUCAUCCUUAUGUCAAUUGAAAGGAUACAUUACCAUAUUUUUUCACUUCCUCAGGGUGUCAGUUAUGACCAUGUUGAACUAAACUUCUAUAUCAAUGGAAAACCAACCAACACUCCAGUCACAAGUUUUAAGGGUACUGUGUAUCCAGUCCUGUAUGUUGAUGAUGGUGCUAUUAUGGAUGUAAUAUUCGAAAACUUUAGCCACGGACCUCCACCAGGAUAUGAUUCCAUAAUGGUUGAGAAAUCUCUAUUGGAGAAUGAUUAGUGUAGAAAAUUAUGUUAGAUUUUUUUUUUCAAUGUGCUGCUGUCCAUCUGUUCUUUGGAUACGUAUGUUUUAUCCAGUGAUUCUUAUUUAUAACUACCCAUGCUUUUUGAGAAACUUUACUGUAAAAUUAUUGUCUUUUGUGUUUAUUUAUGCUUCUGUUUCUUCUACUCUUUCAUACCAUGGUGAUUUAUAUGGUUAGAUACAACUGUUGAUUAGUUAUUAUUGUUUCUUAUAGUCUUUCUCUUAACUUUUUUUUCUGCGUCUUUGAUUCAUUGUUGAAAGUUCUGUUGUUGUUAUAUUUAGCAGCAAGAAAAUGUAAAAUAUUAUUUCUUAGGAAUGAUUAUCUCAUAAUUUAUUUUUUUCUGUGUUAUGUGUGUUUUGUUUUUUCUCCAUCUAUGAGAUCUGAUUUUUUGGUAGCAUAUUCACAAACUCACCUUAUUUGCAAGUACAUUGUUAAGGGAUGCCUUACUUUUGCUUAAUGAGAUCAGUAUCCAAAAUGGAAACAGGCAGACAGAUAAAUGCACAGCUUUAAAGUGAGUAUGGAUAUCAAAUGCGCUUCCCACUCUACACAAAGAUAUGCUUUUUACUAACAGAAAUCUCCACUGACACCUUACAUAGAUGCACCUCUUUGUGCACCAUAACUCUGUUGUUUAAGAAAAAAAGGAUGUUAAUGUCUUCACAAUACAUUGCACUGUACUUUUCAACUUUGAUUUUGAGAUGCAAGAAGCUAGUCUAUUUGAAGAUUUUCAUGUUACAGUCUUUGAUUGGUUUAAAGGAUACAGUGUAAGCAAUCUUAGCAUGAUGGUCCUUUUGUUGUGACUGCAAUGUUAAUUUUUAGACUUGUUCAGGGUUAGUGUCCAUUAUAAUCUGUUCUAUCAAAGUAUUUUUAUAUAUUAAGUAUAUUAAGAAUUAUUUUGUGGCUGUUUAAUUAAUCUUUGUGCUACUAUUUAUCUGUCAUAAAAGUGUAUUUAUUUCAGCUUCCUCUUCCAAAAUGUGUGGUUGAUUCCAUAAAGAAGAAUAAGUUAUUUGAUGUAAUGACAGGGUCUUUGAUUUAUGUUACAAUCGCAAGAAUGACAAUGAUGUGUUUUCUAGAAUUAAGAAAUUUGAGGGCAUUCCUUAAUGCUGUGAAAAUGUUCAAGAUAUGUUGUUCUCUUAGUAUAAUUAGAUUUUCCUGUUGUGCUUGCUCGUUUUUUUUCAGUUUAUUUAUAUUAUCUUAUUAUUUUUUCUUAGAAUUUAUUAGUGAUUCAACAAAAUUCAUAACAUUCCCCUAUUAUGCAAUCAAAAGAAGGUAGAGAAAGCACAAUUCAUCAUCAGUUUUCAGAGAGAAUGUAACAUUAAAUGAUUUUCUUAUAAAAUGUUAAUGGUGUGAUUGUGAUUAAUUUAAUGGUAACCUAAAAAUGAAAUCACUAUAGCACUAAUUACUGGAAAUACUGUUUUUACAACCAUGGAAGCCUUGAUACUCAGAAGAUAAAUAUCAGGGAAUUUGUUAUUCAAGAUUGUAAAUUUUGUUUUUGUUUUACUUCUUUUUGGAACUAUUAAAGUCUUGUGUAUUUGGAGUAUAAGAGUGAGGUAUAUAUUAGAAUAAAAGUGAGUUCAUCUUGUCAGAAGAUGUAUAAAUUUGUGAAACUUCCCAUUGUUUUGUUUUCUUCCUUUGAUGCGAUGGUUCUUCCACCUCUGCAAUUUUUCUUUGGUUCUUUUUCUUCUUGUCUUUCUCUGUUGUUCUCUCUUCCUUUUCUCCUUCUCUGUCUCCUCAUCAUCAUCACCAUCACUAUCUUCUCUUACUCCUUCCCCUCUUUUGUUUUUGCUUGUUUUAACACUUCCAGAAAUUGGAUGCUAAAUCAUGGCCACUCCCAAGUUUAUAGUCUCACUUUUAACAGUUCUGAAUGGCAGAAAUUCCCCCAAAUAAUCUUUUCAGAAAGUGAGGGAAUUCAAAAGAAAUAUUUCGACUUGAAAUAUACAAUAUACUCUUCAUUUUGUCGUAUAGUCUUGGUUAAAAAAUGUGUAGGGUAUAUUUCGAAUUCUGUUUCAAACAUCCUCUUUAUAUCACACUUUUUGUAUAGGGUAAGACAGAUUCGAAGCUUCAGUUCAUUACAGGACUUUUGUCCACCACUGUACAAGCCUCAGUUCACAUCAUCAUCUGAGUAAAAGCACUUUUAACCCCAAAAUAACUUUGUGUUUAGAAUUUUGCAUCUCCCACUUGUCUGUUGUUAUCCAAAGUUUAGUUCAUUUACCUGUGAUAAUGAAUGCUCUCUGGCUUUCUCCAUGUGAACAGUAACGAUAACUUUGGUCUCCUGUGGAUGUGGACGUGCCACCAUCAUGUAAAAGGGAUUCCAUGGGUAGUAUACCUUUAAAGGCAAAGUGUGGGCUAGAGAAGUAGAUUUUUAUGUGAAAUAGGUGUUGGAGUGUUGUAGUAUUUUUCUUCAAUUAGUGUGCUUAAAUGAUUGUUACUUACAAAAAUAUAGAGUUCAUUUUAUGAUUAACAGAAAAUGUGUUAAUCUUUAAAGCAAGUAAAGAAUUUCACAAAGGUUUUCACAAAGGCAGUGUUGAGUAUUACAUGAUUUUAGAUAUGCUGUGGAAAGGAUAGUUCUAGGUGUUACUAAUACUGUAAAAUAAUCUGUAUGUUGUUAAUAUUGAUGCAAGUUUCAUGAAGUUUAAAAGAAAUAUAUUUAUUUAAUUAAUUGAAGAUUCUUAGGGUCUUAUUCUAACAUUCCUACUCUCAAUUCUUUUUGGGAUUUGUAAAAAAAAAAGUUCCCCUUAACUAGGCAACAUAGAAAACUUUUUUCUUUAUCAUUGUUUUAGUAUUUAAUGUGAAUAUCAAAGAAAUAUAUUCCCAUGUGAUUGAUAACUACUAAAUAAACCAAUAGAUUUUGUAUAAAUUACUUUUCAUUUAUUUUAUAUUACAGAACAAAUAGAUAUACUGUGUAUACCAUAAUGUCUUUAGGGAUGAGUUGUUAACCGAGCCUAACUGAAAAAAAACUUUUUCCACACAACAUAACAUGAAAAUUGUAUUAAAAUGUACCUUUAGAAGCAUAUACUGCAUGGUAUCCUCAUUUGCAUUUAUUAUCAUUGUGAUCACUAUUAUUAUUAUGAUUAUUAUUAUUCCAUGGGUCAUCAAAGAUGAUUAAUUUCUGUAUAUAUUGAUUAGAGAAGAGUCUCCAAAGGGUAUGUAUACUGAUUAGGCAGUACAUGUGGAAGUUUUAGUUGGAUUUGCUUGAUUGUGUCUAUCUGUAGAAUCAGGAAAUUAAAGGACAAAAUAGUUGAUUCAUGCCAUUAUGCAAGAUAAAAUGCAUAAUUUAUCCAUGGUGAGUAAAAUUUAUAUGAACCUUCUUCACUGCAUCACCAAAGAUUGAAAAAUAUGAUAAAAAUAUAUGUUUACUGGACUGUUAUAUUACAAGUGUCUAUGGCAGAGUGAUCCUAUUCUCUGAGACUGAGAUAGAUCUCUUUUAUAUAUUUUGUAAAUGUAGUUGAUUUUCAUAGCUGUGAAUGUAGAUUACCAGGUAGGAUACAGUGAAUUAAACCUUAUACCAUAUUAAUCAAUUCAAAUGCAUUAUUUAUUUCUCCUGAUGAGUAUGUAAUAGGAAUUGUAGCUUUAGGUAUGUGCAUGUACUAUUCGAAAGCAGUUGCAUGUGAUAACAGCGUACUAAACCGAUGUGAAUUACCAGAUAAAAUUAGAACUACAAUAUACAUUUGUCACUGUGUUCAAUAUAAAUGGUUCAAGCAACAUAUAUAACAGCUUUCAUCACAAAGCUAAUAUGUAAGAAAAAAAAUCAAAUAGCCAUUAUCAUACUGUCCACACACUGACUAUUAAAUUUGUAUUAAUUAAUCCAAGAACAAUAAAUUUAUAUUACUA